CGUGUCCCGUAGAACCACUCACUCGCUAUUCCCACGCUGCAGCACAUUUGGUCAUGGCCCUUCUGUGCAGCCCACCCUGUUCCACUGCAUCAGCGGGGCUGAGGACCAAUUUACGCGAGGCCUCCACGCUCCGCGUUCCGUGGGACGUGCUUAUCCUAGCAAAUGUGGAGUGAACACACCAGAGGUGCUCAUGCUUUCAGAAGUUCUCGUGCUUGCCUCUUGCAUAGGUACAUAGUAGCACCAUUCGGUAGCAAUCACGAGGUUCGAUUGAGAUACCAGUCUACCUCGUAGCUCGAUACUCAUAAAAUGGCACCCAAGAAGCGAAGCGCUGCUCAAGGCGGGCGAACCAAAAAGGCUCAGAAGAAAGAGUCUCCCAAGCCCCAGGAAGAAGUGCAGCUGGACACACGCGCCCUCCUUUCCUGGCUCCUCAGUGAUGAGGCCCUCUCGCUUGCCUAUCCACCCAUCGAGCGUGGUAAAGGCGAGGUAGACUGGUCCGACGCAGAGGUGCAAAAGGGCGGUAAGAAGGCUCCACCCCCUCCUCUUCAACGCAGUGGGGAGGGCAAAACUGCAAAGGACGGAGGGAAAGGAGAAGAGGAGACGCCUCUCCUUUACCCUGCCCCUUAUCCCGCCUUCUCUCCUUUCCUCACCUUGGUCUCCUCAUACCUCCUCUCCAAGCCCAUCUCGCACAAGCUCGGCCUACGCACCAUCUCCACCGCUCUCAAUGCUCCCUUCAACCUGCGUACUCGCAGCGCCUGGGAAGAAAUCGGAUACGAAGGCAGGAGGAGGGUGAUGUGGGAGGCCAAGACACAGCACAAGGAAAAGAGCGCAGAGCAACUCGGUGAAGUGCUCUCUGGUCUUCGGGAGCUUGAAGGGGACGAAAAGGGGGAUGAGCAUGAAGAUGAGUUGAGGAAAUUGAAGAGCGAGGUGGAUAAAGCGGCAAAGGAUACCAAGGGCGCGGAGAGUAGGGCAGGAGCGAGGGAGGCUGUGCAGGAGCACUUGACGAAGAUCAAGGGGCUGGGCAAAGGAGCUUGCGAGAUCUUCAUAAGGCGAAUCCAGCACCCUUGGGCCUCUCUAUACCCAUACGCCGACUCCCGCUCCCUAGAGUACGCCCACGAGAUCGGGCUCCUCAAGGAAGGCCUGCCGGAAAAGGACUACACUGCACCAGAGGACAUGGACGGUCUGAUCCUCGAGCGCUCAAAGGAUCUCCUUGCUGUGUUCCGAGAAGGCGGACUCGGCGGUGCAGAAGGUGGUGAUGGGGAGAGGGAGAAGUUCGUGCGCCUGCUUGACGUACUAGUCGGGUUGGGGCUGCAGAAACAAUUGGUAGAGGCACGGAAGAGGGCUGCUGGUGGAGGCGCUGCAAAUGGUGGUGGGAAAGACAAUGUGAAGGAGGAACAGGAGGCUGGUACCGCCGUGGCGUGAAUCUGAAAUACCUGGUACUUCUGCUUUCUGCGUCACAUUCUCACGUCUGUGCGACUCCGCGCUCCACAUCGUGUCAAUGUAAGGAAGUCUAUUGCUGACUUCACUCGUAUCAUCUGUAAUUCUCACCGCCUCGCCCUUCCUGCCUCGAUCGCCCUCUCUUCGAGUCGACUCUGCAGCAGCGAUAGCCUGAGUGGGUCAUUCUCUGGAGUCCCCACCAUUGCGUCAGUGGUGACGACUGUUCCUUCCUCCUUGACCUGCGCAUUUGCUAGAGCAUCUGCCUUGCCCUCGAGAAUAGCCCUCGCUCCCCUCCUGUACUCAUCACCUCCCGACC